UCCAGUCCUUAAAAUAUUAAAAAUCUGUGCAAAGAGAAAACACUGUGGUGUGUUUUGUCAACUGUAUAUAACGAACAGUUUUGCUACCGGUUAGGUCUUCAAUGAAAAUUUCAUAUGACUGGAUGAAUUUAAUAUUUCUUACUAAGAUGUAAAAAUAUGCAUUAGGGUCAAUUAUCUUAACCAAAGUGCUUUUGUACACUCUAUGAUUCAUAUUUCAGCAUAAUUUUUCAAAAGAAAAAAAUUGUUACUUUACUGCUCAUCCUUAAAGUAUUAUAAAUGCAAAGCUCUAUAGUUGAAAAUACUUACAGUUCACAGCCGCUUCUAUUUAAUAUAGAUUGUGACGGCGAUGCCAAUUUGAAAUUUAAAACAAGGGAAGGAAAAUUGCUCCAUACUUCAAAAUACGCUUCCUGCUCAAAACGUUCUUCUACAAAUGCGUCAUCAACAUUUUUUAAUUUUCCUGUAAUAUCAAUAGAAGGUCCAUCCCUCCAUUUACCCAAAAAAUAUUGCCGUGUGGAAGAUACAUUGAAUCAUACUUUAACACAACAAGAUGAAAAAAAAUCUUUCGGAUUCGAGUCUCUCUCAGAUGUUUCUUUAGUAGCCUCCCCUGGGACUAUGACUCCAUUUUUUCCAAAAAAAAAAUCGAUUGAAGAAGGAGAAAUUGUUGAAUCUAAUUUUUUUAUUUCUCCUAAUAAGGAGUCAACUAUUUUCACGACAAACAACGGAUCAAGCGAGGCGCAGGAUUUUAAGGAAUUAAACUAUCAGACUUUGGAUAAGAAACAAACUCAGGACGAAACCAUUAUCGACACUUCAUCAUCAAGUGAAUCUAUUAUUGUUGAUUCCUUUUUUUUUAAAAAAACUAACGAAAUAAUGCCACCUUUACAACCUCCUUUACAUGAUUCUAUAACAUCUUUGGAAAAUGAAAUUUCGCUCACAUCCUCUCCAUUAUUUUUUACGACAACAAGGAAAAGGAAAAAUCCCGCUACGUUUCCCCGAAUUAGCGAAACUAGUCCAACAAAAAGCUCUUGUUUUUCUUCACAGGAACAAGAUUUCAUACAAUGUAUUGAAAAAGAACAAGAAGAAAAAAAAAAAUCUUUUUUAUUCAAAGAUCACUCAAAAGAAAAAAAUAAACAAGUGACAGUUUCAGAACAAUUCACAGCUCAAUUGCACAACACGAGAGAAGCAUACUUUGGCGGUAGGGAUUGUAAAAGAAUAAAACGUAGUUUGUCUUGCUCUGAAAAGCACGCCAUCGUGGAAAACUCCGCUAGUGAAUGUCUUUCGAGUGAUAGUGAUAUAUCCGAUACCGACAAGACCAUUUUUAAAACUGUUCUAUCAGAUUCCGUUAAAACGUUGAAUUGUGUUGAAAUUGAUCAGGAAUGUGCUUGGAAGGUAUGGACACUACAAAAUAAUCUACACGAGAGAUUUCCUUUAUCUUUAAAACGUGUUGUUGAACCAAAAAUGUCAUCAAGGCCACUUCGUUCGGUUCGUUACACAACCUUGUCGAAUAUUGUAGAAGUUUCACCUUCAUUCUGGAUUUUUUCUAAGCGCAAAGUUGGCAUGAAAGAGUAUAAUUUUUUCAUAGCAGUAGAAGAGUUGGCUAAACAUAGAAUCAUGAUGAAUCACCCAUUAGAAAUUGCAUCAAAACAAUCCAAUUCGAUCUCCUGUCGUAAAUGUGGUGCGAUUCACUCGCAAAGAAAUGAGUACCAUAAUUGUCCCCGUAUACGAUGUAACAAUUGUGGCAGAAUGGGACAUAAAAGAAAUUCGUGUAAUGAAAAGGAUAAUAAAUCAUGUAUACCUCACUACAUGAAAAAUUUUUUUGAUAUAACAGGAAUAUGAUGAAAGUUUACGAUUUAUGAUGAUUUCGCAUCGAAGAAAGUAUGGUCACAAAAUUUCUUGUAUAAUUUGUCACGCUGGGAAUCACGCGUGUUGUAAGAAAAUAAACUCAAUUAACGGCUAACUUUGGAGCUAUUCAAGAUAUAACGUUCUACGGUUUUUCGAAAUCGAAUGUUAUACUAUAGCGUUUCAUUGAAAAUUUUUCCUGUUCGGAUUUGCCCUAACUUUUUGCUAACGUUCAACAGAUCAAAUGUAUUCCAUCAUUUUAUUAUGCUUGAUAUUUAUUUAUUGGUUUGUCACAUUGAUGUUACCUUAAUUUUUUGAUAAAAAAAAUACAAUUUUUUUAAUGCAAUAUUGUAAAAUUGGACAAAUAACUGAGUGUUGACUAGGAAACGAAACGACACUAGGUUAAAAA